AUGCGCGCACCCAUCACACUCCUCUUCGCAGCAUUGCUCGGCUCUGCCGCUGCUACCCAGUCAUACACUCCGCUCUGGCCGACAGUAGGUGCUCCACAUCCGACCGGUGGCUCGUCAACUGGAAGCACUUCUCUAGCGCCGAAGCCAACACAAUCUACAUCCCACCCACAACCGAAGCCUACAGGAACCGGGGACGAUAAGCCUCCAGCAGGGAGCACGGAGACUCUGACUACCUACACCACCGUAACUACAUGCCCGAUCACGUACACGCAGACACGUAGCUCAUCGAUCCACAUCACGACGAGCUUGACGACGAAGACACUCACCAUCACAUCCUGCAAAGCCAACUGCCAUGGCCGACCCACCGACUCGCCGAAGCCACCCUUUCCCUCAAACUCAACUCAAUCUUCCAAGCAGACCUGGGCCACAGGCACCGAGGCGCAGACCAUCACUUCCGUCUACCCCACCACGAUCACAAAGGCAUACACAACCUUCGUCCCCUGCUCCACAGAAGUAGGCACAUCCACGUCCGGCGGUAAAACAAUCACGUACUACUCCUCUUGGGUAACCCCAUCAAGAUCCACAACCAUCUACACCAGUCUCUGCACGACUACCUACACCCUCUCGCCUCAUCCGCCAGCCGCCACGAUCGGUGCCAGCAAUCCCAUCCUGACCGUUCCCGCUCCAACCAUCUGCCCACCACCAACGACAGUCUACACAACCAUCUACGUCACGCCGUCCGCGCCGCCCAGGGACUGCCAAAGCUGCUACGAGAUCAUCACUGCGACGAUCAGCGGCACGAAAACAACUACGCUGACUAUAACGCGCCAUCCCGAGACCGAGAAGCCGGAGGAGCACAAGCCGACCGGCACAGAUGGUUCGAGCAAGCCUAGGACAAGUGGGACGGGGAAGGGGACGUGGAGUUGGACCACGCUUAAGCCGACAGGUGUGGGGUAUUAUCACUGGUAG